AGGAAAAAAAAUACAAAAAUUCAAGUUUAGUGGUUAAAGUGUAAGUUAUGAAUAUAUCUCUUUAUUUUAAUAGAAAUCAUAAAAUUUAGGGACUAAGUUGAAACAUUUGAAAACUUAAGUGACCUUAAUCAGAUUUGUAUUCUUGCAAUCGACCCUGCCCAAAUCAGAACUCCUACAUUCAAUAGUCGGCGUCACCAGCCCUAAUCCAUUUCGGCCGCCGCGAAGAACACAGUUACACCACGAACACCGACAGAAGCCGUUCGACCCCAUUCUAGCCCGUUCCGUCCGAUAAUCGCCGCCACGGUGCGCGUGAGCCGCAUAUAUUGCCGUUCCGGCUGAUAAAUCGCUUCUUUUGGAUUUUAGUAAACGCCAGCCGCUAUAUGCCGGAACUUUGUCGCGGUGGCCUCCGUUCCGGUUCCACUAACCCCGUUCUGGUCGCUAUAUCGGCGUUCCGGUGAACCGUGUGUUUGACACACGUUUUUUUCAAUUGAAGCGUCUAUUUCCCAAUUCAGAAUUUCGAGAUCUUAUUGAAUUUACUGUUUGCGGACGCGUGACUGAUACUGAUCACGUUAUUGGUUUGGUAAGAAAAUGAGCACUCCUCCUAAUCGAAGGCUGCAUGAGGAUGGUGGCAAUGGCAGUGGCAAUGCCGGAGGUGGUGGCAAUCACAGUCACUCCUCUGUUUUGAAGUACCCGCAUGACGAUCAGGGAACAUAUUCUGCUGUUGGUGGAAAGGCUGUGGGGUCAUCCAGGCAUGAUUUCCACACUCCCUAUGAUAUGGGUCAGGAAGGCCGUAUCCCAAAGAUUGCGCCACGUAAUGAGUUGCGUGAUGCAGAGAGGAGAUCACCAAUGCUUCCUAAUAUGUUGUUCAGAGUGUCAACACCAAAUGACUCACACUCUGAUCAUGUUGCCUCGGAGACCAGGAUCGAUUUCAGGGAUUCAAAGGAUAGCACCAAGGAGAUUAAGGUUGAGACUCGUGACAUGAAGUCUGAAUUGAGUUCUAAGGGUGAUAAAUACGAUAGCAGAACUGAUGACAAUAAAGAUAAGAAGAAUGACAAGGAUUCCUAUUCUGAAUUAAGAAGCAAUGAAAAGAUGGAUAAGGAUGGUUACAGUGGAUCUAACAGCCAGUUGAACUGGAAAGAUAUGAAAGAACAACACCGUCUGAAACAAUAUCCUGAUGUUCCUGGAGGAAAUGUUGAUGCCUGGCAUACAUCACGUAUUGUCUUGCAUGGCCAUGUUGAUGCUGCAAAGGAGGGUUUACAUGUUGAUAACAGGGACUCUGCUGAAGCUCGUGAAACAGUUGCGGAGAACAAAGUUGAUAUGAAAGGGGAUGAAAAGUUCAAAGACAAAGAUCGGAAAAGGAAAGAAGUGAAGCACUGGGAUUGGGGUGAAAGGGAUAAAGAAAGAAGUGAUCGCCGGAACAACUUUCCACCUGCUAAUAGCAGUAUCGAGAACAAAGAAGUAGUAAGGGAAGAAAGAGAGGCUGAGAGGUGGGGGAAGGAGAAGGAAAAACUAAAUGAUAAGGAGAAGGAAAAACUAAACGACAAGGAGAAGGAUCACGUCAAGAGGGAAGUGUGGAAUGGUUCCGAUAAAGAAGCUUCUCACAAUGAAAAAGAACUAGCAGAUAUCCCUGGAAAAUCCGUUGAACACGAAAGUUCAACAUUGGAAACGAAGAAGAAAGACCAUGAUACCUGGAAAAAUAUUGAGAGGGAAGCAAGAGACAAGAAAAAGGAGAAGGAUGCUGACGUGGAACCAGACAGACCUCACAAACGCAUUAAAUAUCAUGAAAAAGAAUUGGAUGAUGGUGGUAUGCAUGCUGAAGGAGUUACAGAACGGGAAAGAGAAGUUUUCAGUUCUGGGGUUCAACAGAGGAAACGGAUGUUGCGGUCAAGGGGCAGUCCACAAAUGGGAAAUCGCGAUCCGCGUUUUAGGCUCUCAGCCAAUGAUAAUGAAGGGUCACAAGCUAAGGCUGAUGUGUCCUGUGUUGUCUAUAAAAUUGGUGAAUGCAUGCAAGAACUCAUAAAGCUGUGGAAGGAAUAUGAAUUAGUGCCAGCUGGUGAAGGCUCUCAAAAUGGCCCUACUUUAGAGAUCCGUAUACCAGCUGAACAUGUUACUGCAACUAACCGCCAAGUAAGAGGUGGGCAGCUCUGGGGUACAGAUGUAUACACGGUUGACUCUGAUUUGGUUGCUGUUCUUAUGCAUACAGGAUAUUGUCGUCCAACUGCUUCUCUUCCCCCAUCUGGUACCCAGGAGUUGCGUGCUACUAUCAGAGUGUUGCCUCCACAAGAUUGUUACAUUUCAACACUGAGGAAUAAUGUACGUUCACGAGCAUGGGGAGCUGCAAUAGGUUGCAGUUAUCGUGUUGAGCGGUGUUGCAUUGUGAAGAAAGGAGGUGGGAUUAUUGAUCUUGAACCUUGUCUUACACAUUCAUCAACUAUGGAGCCUACUUUAGCUCCAGUUUCUGUGGAGCGCACAAUGACUACCAGGGCUGCAGCUUCGAAUGCAUUACGCCAACAAAGGUUUGUGCGCGAAGUGACUAUUCAGUUCAACCUCUGUAUGGAGCCCUGGCUGAAGUACAGCAUAAGUGCUGUGGCUGACAAAGGUCUGAAAAAGUCCCUCUUCACAUCUGCACGUUUAAAGAAGGGAGAAGUGCUUUAUGUAGAGACUCAUUCCCGCAGGUAUGAGCUUUCCUAUAAUGGAGAAAAGGUAAUCAAGGCGGCCCCAGCAGCUCAAGCACAAGGAGCAGAAACUGGAAGAAUUCAAACUCACAACACCUCACAUGUUACUAAUGUUGAAAGAAAUGCUGUGGAUGGUGAAACCACUGUGGUAGAUAUAUUCCGAUGGUCCCACUGUAAGAGAAACACCCCUCAAAAAAUUAUGCAAAGCAUUGGGAUUCCCCUGCCUCUUGAACAUAUAGAGGUUUUGGAGGAUAAUCUAGAAUGGGAUGACAUAUCGUGGUCGCAAACUGGCGCUUGGAUUGCUGGGAGAGAGUACCAUCUUGCUCGGGCACAUUUUCUUUCCCCAAAUUAGACAGAUGGCACCUUGUUUCCUGUUGUUAUUGUGUGUUAAUUUAUGAGAGAACCUAACCUAAUGAUGCAACAACCUAGUAUUAUUACAACAAACAUGUACUUGGAAGAAGUAAGUGUGUUGGAGACAAUAGACAUUUGCUGCUAUUUAUGUUUGUAUUGUUAUGACUUUUGAUGGGGGGUCGUAGCUCAAGGUAUUGCAAAAGAAUAUAGUCAUGUUGCAGGUCGAA